AUGCACAUGUACGAUGAGACGCGCAGACGCCAGGAGGAAAGUGAAGCAGGCGAAUCUUGUGAUAACUUCACCGACCUCGACCUGACCCACUGCUUCGUGGGAACCACCCUGUAUGUGCGGCUCCUGCUCUACACUCGCUCCAACCUCGACUGUGGCCGCGAACUGAACCACCACCACCUGUCCUCCCAGCCACUCUUCAGCCUCUCCCGUCCCACCGCCUUUGUCAUCCAUGGCUACCGGCCCACCGGCGCUCCCCCUAUCUGGAUCAACCACAUAGUCCACCUGCUAGCAGAGCAGGAAGACAUGAACAUAAUCGUGGUGGACUGGAACAAAGGGGCAGCCAACCUCAACUACUUCACUGCUGUGAGUUACACCAGAGAGGCCGCUCUCAACCUGACGGGCUUCAUCAUGACGAUGGAGGCUGAAGGAGCCUCUCUGAGCUCAGUUCACCUGAUCGGCGUCAGUCUGGGAGCUCACCUGGCUGGUUUUGUGGGAGCAAACCUGAAGGGGAAGAUUGGCCGUAUCACAGGUCUGGACCCUGCUGGACCGAUGUUCACCAGGGCCACGCCGGAGGAGAGGCUGGACCCCUCGGACGCCAUGUUUGUGGACGUCCUUCACACCGACAUGAACUCCUUUGGACUGAGAGGAGCUCAUGGCCACAUUGACUUCUACGCCAAUGGAGGCGCCGACCAGCCGGGGUGUCCCAAAACCAUCUUUUCAGGUAAAUCUUACUUUGUGUGUGACCAUCAGCGCUCCGUCUUCCUGUUCCUGUGCGCUCUGAACCGAACCUGCACCCUCACCGGUUACCCCUGCUCGUCCUACAGCGACUUCCUGGACGCCCGCUGUCUGCAGUGCGAGACCUUCAAACAGCUGAUGUACAGAGUGGACAUGGUGACAUGGAACCAGUACCUGCGAUGGGGGGUCGUCUACAUCCGGCUGCACAGCGGCAGGAACGUCACAGAGGCCCGAAUAGACCAGUGA